CCGCUUCAGUGCAGUGGGAGCGGUGGCAGGCGGUGUGCUCGGCGUGGUGCCGCUGUGCGCGAUGCUCGGCCUGAUCUCCAAGGUCGUCUCCUACUUCUGGAGACCAGCGGAUGGCCGGGAAGAAGGAGGUGACAAAGAACUAAAAACCGUUCAAGGAGUGGUGACAAGAUUUUGCAAUGAUUAUGGAUUGAUAAAUGACCUGAUAGUCUUCACGGAGCAUGAUGUUGUAAACAAUAUGCCGCUGGCUGUAGGACAGGAAGUUAUUGCUACUGUUGAAGAGGACAAAAUAUCAAAUGGCUUGAGGGCUGUCAAGGUAGAUGCAGUCCAGAAUACAUGGGAAAACUACAGUACUGCUUGCUAUGCUUCUGAACUACAUAUGAAAACAUUAGUUGGUAAUAUCACCUCUCUCUUUAAGGAUGGUGGCUAUAUUAGUCAUAAUACUCUUUUCACAAUGGAAGAUGUCUGUGAAGGUUUUAAACCUUGCGUGGGUGACUGUGUGCAAGCAAAGUAUUUCAUUAAUCCGGGAACGUGGAGCAGUAAAGCAGUUGCUGUGAAGCCUUUGAGAUACAAGCGAGUGGACAAGGUUCACAUUACCAGCUUGUGUGGAAGAACUGGUACAGUAGAUGAGAGUAUAUUUUUCACGUUGGAUUCACUGAGACUUCCUUAUGGAUAUUCACCGUGUAUAAAUGAUCUAGUGAAUGUGGUUGUGGUGGAGAGCAGUCAGUCGUUUUAUGUUUGGAGAGCUCUCUGCUUGACUCCAGUCGACCGGGAUGGGCAGUCUCAAUCAAAUGGACAUGACACAGAUGAACCUUAUGAAGACUUAAUGAGAAACAAAGGAGGGCUGGAGGUAUCAAACAUGACUGAUUUUGGAACUAUGAAGCAGGGGGAAUCUAGAAGCAUGAUCAUUUGGAUAGAGAAUAAAGGGAGUGUACCACAGUCCUUAAUCAGCUGCAGAUUAGCUGGAUGGGUGCAAGACAAGCAAUUUAGUUUUCGGAUUUCUCAAAAAUACUGGAACAGUCCAGCAGCAAAUUUGUCAUCUUCUCCAAUAAAUCAAGAAAGCGUUGCAAAAGCUGCAGUGAAUCCCUGUGGAGCAACAUCUGAGUCAUUGACUAAUACUUCCAUUAUGAAGAAUGGAGUUAUUUCAGGAGUGAAUCCUCAGGAAUUAAACUUAUCAGAGACAAAAGAAAACUUUUCCUUGGUUAAAGAUGAAAAUCUGUGUGAUGGAGAAGAAGAGCAAAGAGAAGAUGUGCAGCAAACAGGAGAUGGCACUGAUAUAACUGAAGAAAUUGUCAUACCACCAGGUGGAAAAACAUUCAUUGUGAUCACAUGCACGGCUGUAAAUCCUGGAUACAGUAAAGAGCUCUUGUUGCUCGGAUUUUCUGAUUUUACCAUCGGACGGUGUAUUGAAACUACUGUAACAAAUGAGGCAGAAUUACUAAUAGCACCUGUAGAACCAUUUUCUGCAAGAAAGGUUGGCAUUACUUCAGUACCUCAGCUAAAGAAGACAACAGUGAUUGCCCCUAAAUACAGAAGAAUUACUAGAAAGUUUCCAAGCUUCCUCCCACAUUAUACCAUACCGAACGCGUUAAGAAGAUGCGUGGAGCAGAAGUUAGAUAUUCUGAGCUUUCAGCCUCUCCUAGCAGAGAAUCUUAAUCUGGAAAAUUAUGAAGCAAAGUUUUCUACUCUCUUGUGGCUUGAAGAGAUCCAUCAGGAAAUGGAAAUAAGAAAUUUUGACAUGUGUGGGGUUACUUUGAAAAGGAACGGGAAUUUGUUAGUGUUGGAGGUGCCAGGAGUGGAAGAAGGCAGACCUCACCUGAUUGUGGGUGAUAAGGUGAUACUGAAAAGUCAGGUCUACUCUGAGCAUAUAAUAGAGUACAUUGCCUAUGUUACUGAGAUAUGCGAUGAAGAUGUUACUCUUAAAUGUAACGCUGAUUUUGAACGGGCUUACAACUCAGAACCCAUGGAUGUGGAAUUUGUUCACUGCAGGAUUCCUAGCAGGCGGUGCCAGCUGGCAGUUGAGCAAGCUAAGCAUCUGGGUGAAAAAGUGUUAUUUCCGGAAAAGCUUCUGUUACAGUCACCGCAAACUGUCAAGACCCAGAAUAUCACUGAGUAUCAUGGAGUUGAUGAUGGCCUUGAGCAGUGUUCCCAGCAGGAGAAUGAGGUCAGAAAGCUGCAGAACAGACAGGCAAAAUGCAUGGCAUCGAGGCAGAUAAACAGAGCAGAUGCAGCAACUGUUUGUGCAGAAACAAACCAGCUUGUUGAAGAAAGUGAGACAACUAAAUGGAGAGCUGGUGAAUUUUUCAAUCCUAUGCUUAACAAGCAACAGAAAUUGGCAGUGAAAAGGAUACUGAGUGGUGAAUGUCGUCCAACACCUUAUAUUCUGUUUGGACCACCAGGAACUGGAAAAACGAUAACAGUAGUUGAAGCUAUUUUACAGAUACAUUUUACUUUACCAGAUAGUCGAAUCUUGGUUUGUGCACCAUCAAACGCUGCAACAGAUCUGAUUUGCUUGCGGCUGCAUCAAAGCAAUCAAUUAAAACCAGGAGCUAUGGUCCGAGUCAAUGCUACUUGCAGAUCUGUAGAGCAAAUCGAUGACAUCGUGAAACCUUACUGCAAGGAUGGUGAUGAUAUUUGGAAAGCAGUGUGGUUCAGGAUAAUAAUUACCACUUGCAGUAGCGCAGGAAUGUUUUAUCAAACAGGAAUGAGGCUUGGACACUUCACACAUGUGAUUUUGGAUGAGGCUGGGCAAGCAAGUGAGCCAGAAAGCCUGAUUCCCAUUGGAUUAAUUUCAGAAGUUAAUGGUCAGAUAGUUCUGGUUGGAGAUCCGAAGCAAUUAGGGCCUCUAAUAAAAUCUAGAAUUGCAGUGGCAUUUGGAUUAAAUGUAUCCUUUCUGGAAAGACUGAUAUCAAGAAAUAUGUACCUGAGAGAUGAGGAUGCUUUUAGCGCUGAUGGAUCAUAUAACCCUUUGUUGAUCACAAAACUCAUAAACAACUACAGGUCGCAUUCUGCAUUGCUUGCCUUACCAUCUAAAUUGUUUUAUCAUAAAGAGCUGGAAGUUUGUGCAGACGCUUCAGUAGUAACUUCUUUGUUAUACUGGGAGAAACUGCCCAGGAAAGGGUUUCCAUUAAUUUUUCACGGAGUAAGGGGCAAAGAAACUCGUGAAGGUCACAGUCCUUCAUGGUUUAAUCCAACUGAAGCAGUUCAAGUAAUGCAGUACUGUUGCCACCUGGCUAAAAAUGAAAGCAUUGCAGUGUCAGUGACAGAUAUUGGAGUUAUUACACCAUACCGCAAGCAGGUGGAAAAAAUUAAAUUUCUUCUGAGAAGCAUUGAUUUGUCAGAUAUUAAAGUUGGCACAGUAGAAGAGUUUCAAGGACAAGAGUGCAUGGUUACCAUCUUAUCAACAGUGCGAUCUUAUGAAGACACACUUGCUGAAGAGGAAUACUAUUUGGGCUUUCUCUCUAACCCAAAGAGAUUCAAUGUAGCAAUUACUAGAGCAAAAGCUUUGCUGAUUGUCAUAGGAAAUCCUCAUCUUCUUGUGAAAGAUCCCUGUUUUUGUGCACUACUGGAGUACAGUGUAACAAAUAAUGCUUAUGUAGGUUGUGACCUGCCUUCUGAGCUGAGAAGCCAGCAACAGCAGGUGUGACUAAUUUUUCAGUGUUCAAGAUGCAUUCAGUCCUCUUCUGUUUCUGAAGCUUAGAAUACUUAACAGCAAUCCUGCACCUUUUGGCCAUCCUGAAAUUCCUUGAAGUUUAUCCAACAGAGGCUUGCUAAUAUUUCCUUUCAAGAAGUGAAAAAGUUGGAAUUUAUCAUUAUAAAAUGAUACGUACAGGCAACCAGUUUGCUUUUUUUGUUUAGAAGUAUAUCAUUUUGCUUCUGCAUAGAGCGGGUGCGUGUGAGUCCUACAACAUUCAGAAUAAAGUUAUUGCUGAACUUGUAUUUUAAUUUUUCUUUAACUUUUUUUUUUCUUGACAUUUCAGUUUUUCUCAGACUCGUGUAGCGCCUCCUGAAACUCUUCCAUCCCAGGAAUAUGUUUUUGUGUUGUUAGUUGGUUAUGGAGUGUGACAUAGAUAAUGCACACUGGAUUUAACUGGAAUGAUGAGUGAAUAUCUCCACUUGGCUGAUGUUGAGUAUCUUAAGCCAACCAAACUUAAGGCCCUGCUUUUUUUGUUUAAAGCCUUUGUAUACGUGUCUGAGAUGACACAGGAUUCUGUUUCUCAGCUGCAGUCCAUCUGUCUGCUAUGGUCUAUGUCAGAAUGCCUCAAAUGAUGGGUUUAAAAGGUGGGUGGUGGGGGGAGACAGUGAAAACUGCUGUGUUCCUAUGAAGAUUCUGUACAGUAGCAUUGUGUUGAACUUAGUAAACAAUGAACAUAAACUGUAA